AUGACAAAGACAAAACAAAAAAAAUUUAAUAAUUUGGAUAUUAGCAAUAGCAAUAAUUUAGAUGGAGGCGAUGUAGUAGACCUUAAAACGCACGAAUUAGCUUUUGUCAAUAUAUGUUAUUCUUUAUAUGAAAAUUUUGAAUAUGAUGGUUCAUUUGUUAAUUUGUUAGAAGAUUCUGAAUUGUCCUAUAAGAUGAAUUCUUCUUUAUUUAAAAAAAAAGAUUUGGAAAUUUGUUGCAAAUGGGUUAUGGAAAGUGUUAAAGUUGGUCGACCUGGAUGGUUGUCACUCUUUAAAUUGAUGAUACAGUAUAUUGAUUUAUUCCCAAGACCUUCUUCAAUGAAUAUUAAAUCACCAACAUUUGGAUCAGAGAAAUUUUGGCCAUUUUCUUUAGAUGAUCAACUUACUAUAAUUUGCAAUCAAUUGAUUGCCACAUCAAAAUCCAAAGAAAUAAUCGAUAAAGCAGAUAAUAUUCAAGCUAAAAUGGUUGAUUCUUUGAUCAUUACAUCAGUUGUGUCCCCAUAUUAUACAUUACAUAGAUUGAUUGGUGAGGUUAUACAUAAUAAAGGACAAGGCAUUGUAAUACUUGAUAUCAUAAAUCAACUUGGAUCUUUGUGUUGGUAUAACCAAACAUCAAGAUCUCCAGCUAUUAUUAUUCAAGUGUUAAAAGAUGUUUUAUCAACAAUUGAUGAAAGUGAAGAUGGUUUGACGCAUCAAGAACAAAGGAAUUUGAUUGACUUUAUUAUUCAAGCAACGAUGAAUAAAAAGAAUUUAAAAAAACCUGCAAUUGAAUUAAAAAUUGAUGAAAUUGGUGAAAGUUGGUGGUUGAUUAGGGCAGAACCUCUUUUAUUGUUAAAUCAUUUAAUUAGAUUAUUUGAUCAACGUAAAUUAUUAUUGUCAUCGUCACCAUCAAUAUCUAUAACACUUGUUGAUGAUAUUCAUUUCUUACUGAAAGAGUUGUUAAGAUUAUUGACAGAGUAUUUCAUUUCAUUACCACAAGAUUACGAUCAAAAUGAGUACCAUCGUUCUAACGUUAAUUCGAUUAAAGAAUUAUAUAAAGAUUCCAAGGAUUAUAAUUGGGCAACUCAACUUUAUCUAUAUCAAUUCUUUGAAGUUUGUUCAUCAUGCUUUGGUUUUGAGGUAUCAAAACCCGCAAUACCAUCACUACUCUUUUCAUUUUGUAAUUUUUCAGAUAAAGAAUACACUGAAUCACCAUCUGAUGAGGAUAAUGUAAAGAAAUCUGGCGUGACUUUAUCAAAUCAAGUUAAAAAGAUGAAGCAGUUGAUUUUAUUUUUAGAGGCUUGUCAAGUUUCCUCUUGUUGGUGUGAGAAAUUUGUGUUGGCAUUAAAUAAUAAUCAGAAUGCUUCAAAACCAUAUUUACGUAAUCUUUUUAGAAAAGUAGCACCAUUGGCAUUUUGUUAUGUGCUUGCAAAUAGUGUUGAAGAAGAAGCCUAUGUUUUAUUAGAUACUAUGAUAAGAAAAUUGAUAGUUUAUGGAAUAAUAUCAGCAUCUGAAUUGUUAAUUGAUGAAAAUAAUAAUAAUAAAGAGUUAUUUGAAAUGGCCAUUUCAGAAAUAGAUAUUGAAGGUUCCUUAUCAAAAACUUUCUCUAAAUCUUAUUUUGGACAAACCAGCAAUCAGAAAAAAAUCGAAUAA